AUACAGGAGGGGGCGGGGCCAAGACCAGGCAAUGCCACAGUACCAUAGAAUCAAGGCGCCUCACUGAGGGGCGGGGCUAAUUACGUCACGGAGGGGCGGGGCUAAGCCCGGCAAUGCCGCAAUACCAUAGAAUCAAGGCGCUUCACUGAGGGGCGGGACUAAGUACGUCACGGAGAGGCGGAGCUAAGGCCAGGCAUUGCCACAAAGCGAGUCUUUCAUGUCAUUGAGGGGCGGGGCUAAGUACGUCACGGAGAGGCGGAGCUAAGGCCAGGCAUUGCCACAAAACGAGUCUUUCAUGUCAUUGAGGGGCGGGGCUAAGUACGUCACGGAGAGGCGGAGCUAAGGCCAGGCAUUGCCACAAAGCGAGUCUUUCAUGUCAUUGAGGGGCGGGGCUAAGUACGUCACGGAGAGGCGGAGCUAAGGCCAGGCAUUGCCACAAAGCGAGUCUUUCAUGUCAUUGAGGGGCGGGGCUAAGUACGUCACGGAGAGGCGGAGCUAAGGCCAGGCAUUGCCACAAAGCGAGUCUUUCAUGUCAUUGAGGGGCGGGGCUAAGUACGUCACGGAGAGGCGGAGCUAAGGCCAGGCAUUGCCACAAAACGAGUCUUUCAUGUCAUUGAGGGGAGGGGCUAAGUACGUCAUGGAGAGGCGGAGCUAAGGCCAGGCAUUGCCACAAAGCGAGUCUUUCAUGUCAUUGAGGGGCGGGGCUAAGUACGUCACGGAGAGGCGGAGCUAAGGCCAGGCAUUGCCACAAAAAGUCUUUCAUGUCAUUGAGGGGCGGGGCUAAGUACGUCAUGGAGAGGCGGAGCUAAGGCCAGGCAUUGCCACAAUACUUUGCAGUCUUUCAUGUGACUGAGGGGCGGGGCUAAAGUCGCGUCACGGAGAGGCGGAGCUAAGGCCAGGCAUUGCCACAAAACGAGUCUUUCAUGUCAUUGAGGGGCGGGGCUAAGUACGUCACGGAGAGGCGGAGCUAAGGCCAGGCAUUGCCACAAUACUUUGCAGUCUUUCAUGUGACUGAGGGGCGGGGCUAAAGUCGCGUCACUGGGGGCGGGGCUAAGGCCAAGCAUUGCCACAAUGCAUACAAUAAAGGCACUUCACUGGGGGCGGAGCUUCACGGUAGGGCGUGGCUAAGGCGCUUCAUGGAGGGGCGGGGCAAACUGCGUCACGGAGGGGCGGAGCUAAGGCCAGGCAUUGCCACAAUACAUUGCAGUCUUUCAUGUGACUGAGGGGCGGAGCUAAAGGCACUUCACUGGGGGCGGGGUUAAGGCGCGUCACGGAGGGGCGGGGCUAAGGCUGGUAAUGCCACAAUACGAUAGAAUCAAGGCGCUUCCCGGGGGCGUGGCUAAAGUCACGUCACGGAGGGGCGGGACUAAGGCCGGCAAUGCAACUAUACCAUAGAAUCAAGGCGCUUCACGGAGGGGCGGGGCCAAGACCAGGCAUUGCCACAAUAUGAUAGAAUCAAGGCGCUUCACGGGGGCGGGGCUAAUUGCGUCACGGAGGGGCGGAGCUAAAGCCAGGCAUUGCCACAAUACAGUGGAGUCUUUCAUGUCACUGAGGGCGGGGCUAAGGCCAAGCAUUUCCACAAUGCAUAGAAUAAAGGCACUUCACUGGGGGCGGGGCAUUUUACGUCACUGAGGGGCGGGGCCAAGACCAGGCAAUCCACAAUACAAUAAAAUCAGGCAUCUUCACUGAGGGGCGGGGCUAAGGCUAUAGGCUGAUAUUAUUGCUCAAGGCUGCACUUCCCGAUUUGGCCACUUGAUGGCAGCAAAGGAUUGCAGAUCAAAAUCUCAAGGCAAUAUUGGGGAAAAUAUAACAUAGAGGUGCAGUUCUGUAUUUGGCCACUUGAGGGCAGCAAAGGAUUGCAGAUCAGAAUCCCAAGGCACGUGCAAUAUUCUUCUGUCCACUAGAUAGAAUCAAGGCACUUCACAGAGGGGCGGGGCCAAAGCGUCACCAAGGGGCGGGGCUAAGGACAAGCAAUGCCUCAAUACAGUGGACUCUAGCGCGUUACUGAGGGGCGGGGCUAAGUCCUGGCAUUGAAAGCGCGAACGGCCCAAGACCACGCCUUCUUGACCCUCUUCGGCUGCCGUCGCCUUUCUCGGAAGCGUCUCCAUGGCAACCGCGGCCUAGUCGGAACCGGAGAAGCCUGCGAUGGAGAAAUAUGAGCGGAUUCGUGUGGUCGGGAGAGGGGCCUUCGGGAUCGUCCACCUCUGCCUCCGCAAGAUGGACCAGAAGCUGGUGAUCCUGAAGCAGAUCCCGGUGGACCAGAUGACCAAGGACGAGCGCCUGGCCGCCCAGAACGAGUGCCAGGUCCUGAAGCUGCUCCAUCAUCCCCACGUCAUCGAAUACUACGAGAACUUCCUGGAGGACAAGGCCCUCAUGAUCGCCAUGGAGUACGCCCCCGGCGGCACCUUGGCGGAGUUCAUCCACAAACGUGGCAGCUCUCUUCUGGAUGAGGAGACCAUCCUGCACUUCUUUGUCCAGAUCGUCCUGGCCCUGCACCACGUCCACAGCAAGCAGAUCCUCCACCGGGACCUCAAGACCCAGAACAUCCUGCUGGACAAGCACCACAUGAUCGUCAAGAUCGGGGACUUUGGCAUCUCCAAGAUCCUCAGCAGCAAGAGCAAGGCUUACACCGUGGUGGGCACCCCCUGCUACAUUUCCCCCGAACUCUGCGAGGGCAAACCUUACAACCAGAAGAGCGACAUUUGGGCCCUGGGUUGCGUCCUGUACGAACUCGCCAGCCUGAAGAGGGCCUUUGAAGCUGCGAACCUGCCUGCCUUGGUGCUGAAGAUCAUGAGCGGGACCUUUGCCCCCAUCUCGGACCGCUACAGCCCCGACCUGCGGCAGCUCAUCCUGGCCCUCCUCCACCUGGACCCCUCCAAGCGGCCCCAGCUGGGCGAGAUCAUGGCCCAGGCCCUCUGCGUCCGGCCCCUCCUCGACCUCUACACCGACGUGGGCAGCGUCCGCAUGCGGAGACCCGAGAAACCUCUGGCCGCGGUUCCAGCCGUGGCCCACGGGAGGGCAGGAGGGGGCAUCGCUCGAGCCAGAGGGUCCCGCUUGGGCUCGGCCCGCCCCGGCCUCCCUCCGGCCCCGUCCUCCAUCUACACCUGGGGCUCCGGCCUCACCGCCCCACUCCGGCUGCCCAUGAUGAACACGGAGGUGGUGCAGGUCUCCACGGGGCGGACCCAGAAGGCGGGCGUCACCAAGUCCGGGCGGCUGAUCAUGUGGGAGCCGCCCCCCGGUGGCUUGACAGGCGGGCCCUCCCUCCCCGGGGCCACCGAACAACUGCAGCCCCAGUUUGUGAGCCGCUUUCUGGAGGGUCAGUCCGGAGUCACCAUCAAGCAUGUCGCCUGCGGGGACCUCUUCACCACCUGCCUCACAGACAGAGGGAUUGUCUUGACCUUUGGCAGCGGCAGCAGCGGCUGUUUGGGCCACGAGACGUUGGUGGACGUCAGCCAGCCCAAGAUCGUGGAGGCCCUGCUGGGCUACGAGAUCACGCAGGUGGCUAGCGGAGCUUCGCACGUCCUGGCCGUCUCCACCGAAGGGGAAGUCUUCUCCUGGGGCCGAGGGGAUAAUGGCCGCCUCGGUUUGGGGACGCAGGACUCGCACAGCUCCCCGCAGCAGGUGACCGUCCCUGUCGACCACGAGCCACAAAGGGUCCUCUGCGGCAUCGAUGCCUCCAUGAUCCUGACAGCCAAGAACCAGAUCCUGGCCUGUGGGAGCAACAGGUAUAACAAGCUGGGCCUGGACCAAGGGGAGUCCCAGCCCACGGAUUGGGUGGAGGAGGCCCUGCUCUUCAGCCCCGCUCGGUCGGCCCCCUUGAACGAAGAGGCCAUCCUCUGGGCCGACAUUGGGACGUCCCACUCGGCAGUGGUCACCGCCUCAGGCCAGUGUUUCACCCUCGGUAGCAACCAGCACGGCCAGCUCGGCCCCAUCUCUUGCCGCUCCAGCCGGUCACCCUACCUGGUGGAGGGCCUCCAAGGGGUCAGAGUGGCCAUGGUGGGCUGCGGAGACGCCUUCACCGUCGUGGUGGGAGCAGACGGCGAGGUUUACACUUGGGGCAAAAGCGCUCGUGGCCGCCUGGGCCGGAAGGACGAGGACACCCGCAGCCCUCGGCUUGUGCAUCUCGGGGAGACGCAUCCCAUCCAUGUGGCCUCCGUCUCCUGCUGCCACGGGACCACCUUGUUGGCGGUGAAACCCGCGACGGAGGAGCCCAGUCCGCAGUGAAGGGGCACGAGGAGGCCUUCCUUUGGGCAAAAGGCCACCCGAGGUGAGGACGGAGCCUUGAGAGCGAAUCCUGUGGCGUGACUUUUAACGGUGACGACGGGGACGGAGACAGGUUUAUUUUUACGAGCUGACUCAGAGGUGGGAUAUCGUCGUCACUGCCAUCCUCGCGUGGAGGAGUCGCGUGUUUGGGUUGCGUGACUCAGUGCCAACCUUUUUUUUUUUUUUUAAACUUUUAUUUAGAUUUCAAAGGUUAACAAUAAAAGUGGGGGAACAUUUUGGUUAUAGGAAAGUAGGAAAUUGGGAGAUUGGAUAGUAGGGGAGGAGAUGUGAGGGUAGUGGUUUAAAAAAAAAAGAGACAUUAAAAAUAGGAUAAAAUACACACAAAUACACAACAACAACAAAAAAGAAACACACACGUCUGGCUUGACUUCCAUCCAUAUCUAAACCAGAUUGUCUCUCAGGGGAAGUUUUUACCCCUGAAUUGGUUUCUUUCCGUUUCUGAAUCUGCUUCUCUAUAGCAAGACUUUUCUAACCCCGCGACCUGUUCGUGUUGUCAGCUUAUCUUUACAUGCUCCGUAAUUUCAAAUAUUGUCAGUCUAUGUCCUAUAAUUGAAACCUCAGUCUUUAUCUCUACAUACAUGUUGUCAUUCUUCUUUGUUGUAUAUAGACUAAUAUUGGUUUCCAGUCUGUACAUCUCUUAGGCACUCCUUGGUGUUUUGUUAUUAUAUAUGUUAGCCUAUCCAUAUUUUUAAUUUCCAUUAAUUUAAGUAACCAUUGAUCUGCGUCCGGUAUUUCCUCCUGUCUCCAAUACUUUGCAUAUGUGAUCCUUGCUGCCGUAGUCAUAUAAUUAAUUAACAGUUCCUCAUUUUCUGUUAGCUUCAGUUCCGUGAUUCCUAGAAGGAAAAGUUCUGGUUUGAAUUGGUAGUUAGUUUUUAAAAUUUUUUGCAUACUUUCAUAUAUAGUUUUCCAAUAUUUUUUUGCCUUAUCACACGACCACCACAUAUGGAAAAAAGUUCCUUCAUGCUGCUUACAUUUCCAACAGGCGGUAUUCAUGUCCUUAUAGUAAAAACCUAAUUUCUGUGGCGUUAUGUACCAUCUGUAGAACAUUUUAAUCAAAUUUUCUUUCAGAUCAUAUGAAUACAUUUGCUUCAUUUUUUGAUUCCACAUAGUUUCCCAUUGCUCCAUUCGAAUUGUUCUCCCAAAAUUUGCUGCCCAUUUUGUCAUACAUUCCUUGACUGUUUCUUCCUCAGUAGCCCAUUCCAGUAUAUGUCGGAAGAGUUUUGUUAUCACUUUUUUUUCCGAAGUCAUUAUUCUGUCCCAGAAUGUUUCUUUAUCCAUAAAACCUUGUUUCCUGUC